CGCCGACGUUCGCAGCCGCAGCGCGGAGCCACCAUGCGCCUCCCACCAGCCACUGCACGCUCCCUGAACGUCGGCCGCUGGUGAUGUCGUCUUGCCUGGACCGUGGCGUCAGCGAUGAGGUGGGUGGCGUACCCCUGUUGGCGGGCCAGGCAGCCAUCGACUACACGGUGCUGGCUCUGAUGGUGUUGGGAAACUCGUUCAUUGUGGCGUCCGUGUGCCGCUACCGGCGCCACUACCCGGUCCACGGGACGGCCGCUUCGGCGCGCUUUGCCGCCAACCUCGCGCUGGCCGACACGUACGUCGGCGUCGCAACCGGCUACUUCCUCGUCUUCCGCUACUUCUGCUGGGCGCAGGACGUGCUCGGCUCCCGGAGGUUCAGCUGCGUGCUGCGCUUCUUCCUCGUGAGCAGCGCCCACAUGACCUCAGCGUACAGUUUGGGAGCCAUCGCCCUGGAUCGCUAUGUGGCUGUCAUGCAUGCCCUGCAGUACAGGAAGAUAAUGAACCUCAGGCGGUCUGCGACGCUGCUUAUUACCGUGUGGGUGUGCCCAUUGGCUACUUGUUCCCCACUUUUGUAUUGGAACAACUGGACUGAUGGUAUCAUCUGCGAGGUGGAGGCUGUUGUUCCUGUAGAGUUUGUGACGGCUAUAGGCAUGUUGACGCAUGCCAGUAUCAUUAUAACCGUCACCGUUAUUCAUUACCGUGUUCACAGGGAGGCAGUGGCUGUGAAAAAGAGACGGCGCUGCGACGAAUCGCAGCAGGUGAUCUUCACACUACGCUGCCCGGAUGGCAACCACCUUUCUGCUCCGAGAGCCAUAAAUACCAAGUCUGCUCGAAUUGUUCUAUACGUGACGGGGGUGUACCUCUUCUCCUGGGCUCCUUAUACGGUCCUAUAUAUAAUUAAGUCAUGUGGCUAUUCUUCUCCAGAAAUUAAUGUCAUUUAUCGACUCUGCUUAUCGUUUGCUAACAUAAAUUACCUUAUCAACCCAUUUUUGUAUUCGUGGAAUAAUUCUGCCGUCAGAAAAUCAAUCAUUAGUUCUCUUAAAUGUUUAGGUGUGCUGAAUAAACAGAAACGUGACGUAGGUAGUAGAAGUUCUUCAUCACGAAUCAGCAGUGCCGUCCCAAGCGGUCCUUCAGUACACGGCAUAAGAUGAGUGCUUUCUGAUUUAGGCUAUAUGUCACCACAGUUAGAAACUAAAAGUAUUUACUAUUCCUGAGUUAACUAAAUGUGAUUUUUCGGCGAGAAUUAUUUCUGAUGCGUGUAUGACACAAUGAAUAUCACAAAACUGUGGCCGAAUAAGAAAACUGAAAGAGUGCCGAAAUCAAGUUUCCCGAAAAAACGGUGCUUUCUCGAAGACCUUCAGUGUAUAUUGCGUAUAUUGCGGGAGGAGUUUGUCUUUUAAUUAAAUGUUUCUCAUAACUAUAGAACAAUAAAUGUUAUGCAGCAUUUAAAACGUAGACCGAACUUUCUUUUUUAGUAUGAGACAUUGCUGAUACGUUUAAUAUCAAGACGUAUUUCACCGAAUUGCUGUCAUAGAAUGAGUCUGGCGGAAUUGUCGAACUGUAUGUGAUCAGCGAACAUCUAAGGAUAGCAAAUAACUUCAAUAGCGGUGAAUAUCUUGGGAACAGUGAAAGGUUAUUGGCUGAAGAUGAUUAAAUCAUUUGCGUUUCAAUGUAUAAUUUCCUUUUAAUGAGCAGAAAACAGGAAGUCAACUCGCCCCAAUAAUAGUACUUCUUGAAACAGUAUUUUAACAGUAUUAUGAUUUUGUUACAAUUUGAACGCCAUAAUAAAGAAAUAUUUUUAUAUUACUUUUCUAAA